AUGAUAAAGAGUAUGCGGCCACAGACACAGCCGGCAGUGGAACACACAGAAAACACCGAACUCCCUCUGACACUACUUGAAAAGCACAACCCUUGGCCAGCCUAUGUCACACAAAUGUCCCUGGUAGUAAGGCGGCUCAUUGACAAAAGCAGAAUCCGGGAGCUGGAGUGCAUGCGUGCUGCUGAGGAAAACCGCAAGUCAGUGAAACAGAGCAAAACUAGCUUCAUGAUGCUGAAAAGGAAGAAGUCAUCCAAGUUCUCAGAACUCGUGCUGAAGGAUGCCCUGUCAGGAUCCAGGCUGUCCACUUGGGAACAUUACUCUACAACAAACAUGAGUCCCAUAUUCCUCCAAGAACCUGAGCAAUUACAGAUGGAAGCCAGAGAGGGUCCCACGUUCAACUACAACAAGAUCAUUUUCUCCAAGAGGCCUGCGAUGAGGAAGCUUCCGUAUGGCUUACUACAGGACAGCAAGGAGACAAGUGCCAAAGGUUAA